AUGCCUCUUUAUGACGUGGAAUACAUCUGCCACCUGGAUUAUGCUCAGCAGGAAGCAUUGGCAAAAGCAUUCACCAACCUCCACGCCGAAAAAUUCAAUACACCACAUUAUUUCGUCAAUGUCCGCUUCACGGAUGUUAGCAAUCAGCUGGUCUUCCGUGGCGGGCACAGGCGAAAGUACAAUCGUGUCAUUUUGCGCACCCGAGCUGGAAGCAAUCGAACCAAUGAAAUUUAUAUUGAGCACUGUCACGCAAUGGUCACUGAAUGGGAGAGAAUUGUUGGAAAUAGCGAUGAUGAGAGCUUGCGGACUGUUUGGGUGAUGGGUGCGUUGACUACUGCUCUUGAAGCCGGUCUUGCACGACCUAAGACUGGAGAAGAAGACCAGUGGCUAGAAGCCAAUAAGCUCCAUUUCAAAGAGCUUGCCGAGGCUGGAGAUGAGGAUUUCAUCGAGCUGAUGAAAGAGCUAGAGUCCGACUGA